UUCUGGUAGAAAAGCAUUUUUUUCUGAAGCAGAGGAUAAGCUUUAUAAUUGGAUUAUUGAACAAAGGAAACAAGGUUUAGCUGUAACCUAUAUAAAUAUACAAACAAAAAUGUUAGAAAUUUUACAAGAACAUGAUAUGAAAAUUUUAUAUAGUAGAUCAGUUAGAAGUUUUAAUGCAUCAGUUUCUUGGUUAUAUAACUUUUUAUAUAGAUAUAAAUUAGCUUUGAGACGAUGUACAAAAAAAUCACAAAAAUUACCUGAUCAAACCAAAGAAUUGUUAGAUAAUUUUUAUAAUAGAAAUUUUACUGUUAAUCUAAAAGGUGAAAAAACAAUUCAUAUUCGUAGUACUAAUAAUAAAAAAACUAGAUUUAUAGUUGUUUUAAUAUGUGUAGCAGAUAGAACUAAAUUAUCACCUAUUUGUAUUUUUAAAAGAAAAAAAUUAAAAAAUAAUGAACAAAUUCCUUCAGAUUUUAGAAAAAAUAAAGAAUUAAAUAAUACUUUUGCAAUGAUGGUUUAUGAUUCUUUUAGAGGACAUCUAGAUAAAUUUAUUAAACAAAAAUUUCAUAAAAAUUAUAUUGAUUUAGCAAUAGCUAAAGGUGGUUGUGGAAAAACAAAAUCAGGAAAUCUUAAAAGAGCUAUACUAAGUGAUGUAUGUGAAUAG